AACACAAAAUCCUCCAAGAAUACCACAAAGAUGGUAAAUAAUGCCAAAACUGAAUCUUCGAUGCCAGUUAAACCAUGGAAUUUUCAAGGACCGAUCCCACACAACUAUGAACAUAUACUCAAGGAUGCAGACUCUCCUGUUGCUAAUUCUUCCAACUGGGGAAACCUGUUGGAUCAGCUAUAUGCUGGGGUGUUCUUAGCUCACAAAACAAAGAAAUAUUGGGUAGAGAAGAAGUCCAACAGCAACUGUUUCGUGUUGUAUGCAAGAGCACUCUCAAUCACCUGGGCAGAAAAUCAAAACUAUUGGACAUGGGAACAAAAGAAAGAAGAAAGUGGUAGCAUGAUAGAGUUGGCUACACUGAAAAAGGUAUGCUGGGUAGAAGUGCAUGGGAAAUUUGAUAUUGGAAUGGUUUCACCAGGAGUUUUGUAUCAAGUCUCAUUUAUUGUGAUGUUGAAAGAUUCAGCUAAAGGGUGGGAAAUUCCUAUAAAUGUUAGACUUGUUCUUCCUGGAGGGAGGAAACAAGAGCAAAGGGAAAAUUUAAUGGACAAGUCAAGGGAAAGAUGGAUAGAGAUUCGAGUAGGUGAGUUUGUGGCCUCUGAAAAAGAUGCUGGCCAGAUGGAGAUCUCCAUGUAUGAAUAUGAAGGUGGCAUGUGGAAAACUGGACUUCUCAUUCAAGGUCUUUCCAUCAAACCAAAGAAUUAACAUACACUUUCUACUUAA